CGCGUUGAAAUUGUUGUCGGGAAAAAAACUUCGGUUUCAGGAUGGGUCGUUACGCCAAGGAACCUGAUAAUGCGUCCAAAUCGUGCAAAUCCCGUGGAUCGAACCUACGGGUACAUUUCAAGAAUACCCGCGAAACAGCACUAGCCAUCAAGCGUAUGCCUCUGCGCCGUGCUCAGCGUUUCCUGAAGAACGUGUGCGACAAGAAGGAGUGCGUGCCAUUCCGCCGGUUCAACGGUGGUGUUGGUCGUUGUGCCCAGGCCAAGCACUGGGGUACCUCCGUCGGCCGCUGGCCCAAGAAGUCCGCCGAGUUCCUGCUGCAGCUGCUCAAGAACGCUGAAGCUAACGCGGACUACAAGGGUCUGGAUGUGGACCGUCUAGUGAUCGAUCACAUUCAGGUGAACCGUGCUCCGUGCCUGCGUCGCCGUACGUACCGUGCGCAUGGUCGCAUCAACCCGUACAUGUCGUCGCCGUGUCACAUUGAGCUGUCGCUCACGGAAAAGGAAGACGUCGUCACCAAGGCCGCCGAUAAUGCCGAGCAAGAGAAGAAGAAGCUGUCCAAGAAGAAGAUGCAGCGGCAAAAGGAGAAAAUGAUGCGUAACGAGUAAGGAGGGAUCCAAUAUUAGUUGGAUCGCUCGGUGUACGUGCGUGGAUCGUUCUAUUUGGCUGCAAGGUGGUGAAUAAAACCGUCGGUACACCCCUCGCCCUGGGAAGAAAGUGCAGGAGGUGGAGAAACGAAA